GAGAGAGAGAGAGAGAGAGAGAGAGAGAGAAAAGAGGGAGGACAGAAGGAAGAGAAGCUUCUUCGCCGGGCGUGUAGUUUUGAGUCCUCCUUUCCCUGCCUCUCUGUUCCCCCCCUUCCUCCGAGCCGCGAUGUUACAAAGCCUGUGAGCUGUUCUUUUCCCAUUCGCCUCCUGUCACUUCCUUCCUGGACGCUUUCAGGACGAGUCCGCUUACUUUUAAUCCGACCAGCAGCACAGGCACUUUCGCCUCCUGCACACUAGAUACACACACGCGCGCACACACGCACACACAAACACACCAGAUAGCUUCUGGCUGCUCAUUGGAUUGAUUUUCAAGGUUGUGUGUGUGCGCGCGCGCGUAUGUGCGUGUGUGUGGGGGUAUAUGUGUGUGUGGUUGAAGGAGGCUGCAUGUUGAACCAGGUGGUGAACAUCUUACAAGGCUGGAAGAACUAAAGGCUUUAUUUCUUCUUCUUCUUCUUCUUCCCCCCCACUCUCCUCAGUGUGUCUGUCUCUCUUGUUCCCAAGAAGGGAAAAUAUCUCAAGGACUAGCCUGAUCAUCCAAACGUUUGCAAUCAGGAACGGAUGCAGGGGUCUGUGAAUUGAAUCGUGUAAGUGCUGAAGAAGGAAUCUUGGUUUGAGGAAACAGGAAAGAGGAAGGAAAGAGAAGAAGAAAAUACAUACGUGUAGGAACGAAAGAGAAAAGAAAAACGGGGACUAUGGGGAGAAAAAAGAUUCAGAUCACGAGGAUUAUGGAUGAACGUAAUAGGCAGGUGACAUUUACGAAGAGGAAAUUUGGGUUAAUGAAGAAGGCUUAUGAGUUGAGUGUUCUGUGUGACUGUGAGAUUGCUCUAAUAAUCUUCAAUAGCACCAACAAACUGUUCCAGUAUGCCAGCACUGAUAUGGACAAGGUGUUGCUGAAGUAUACAGAGUAUAAUGAGCCACAUGAGAGUCGAACGAAUUCAGAUAUUGUCGAGACGUUGAGAAAGAAAGGACUUAAUGGCUGUGACAGUCCAGACCCCGAUGCAGACGAUUCAGCAUUGAACAAGAAAGAAAACAAAGGUUGUGAAAGCCCCGAUCCUGACUCCUCUUAUGCCCUCACCCCACGCACUGAAGAAAAAUACAAAAAAAUUAAUGAAGAGUUUGAUAAUAUGAUCAAGAGUCAUAAAAUACCUGCUGUUCCACCACCUAACUUUGAGAUGCCAGUUUCUAUCCCAGUGUCCAACCACAACAGCUUAGUAUACAACAACCCAGUAAGCUCAUUGGGUAACCCCAACCUUUUGCCUCUGGCCCACCCUUCCUUACAGCGGAAUAGCAUGUCUCCUGGUGUGACACACCGGCCACCGAGUGCAGGAAACACAGGUGGCCUGAUGGGUGGGGACCUCACAACCGGUGCGGGCACCAGUGCAGGGAAUGGGUAUGGCAACCCCCGAAACUCACCAGGUCUGCUGGUCUCACCUGGCAACUUGAACAAGAAUAUGCAAGCCAAGUCUCCUCCUCCCAUGAACUUGGGAAUGAACAACCGCAAACCAGAUCUCCGAGUGCUGAUUCCGCCAGGCAGCAAGAACACAAUGCCAUCCGUGUCUGAGGAUGUUGAUCUGCUUUUGAAUCAGAGGAUAAAUAACUCCCAGUCUGCUCAGUCAUUGGCUACCCCAGUGGUUUCCGUGGCAACUCCUACUUUGCCAGGGCAAGGGAUGGGAGGAUACCCAUCAGCCAUUUCAACAACAUAUGGUACCGAAUACUCGCUGAGUAGUGCAGAUUUGUCAUCGCUCUCUGGGUUUAACACAGCCAGUGCUCUCCACCUGGGUUCGGUCACUGGCUGGCAGCAGCAGCAUAUACAUAAUAUGCCACCAUCUGCCCUCAGUCAAUUGGGAGCUUGCACUAGCACUCAUUUAUCUCAGAAUGCAAAUCUCUCCCUGCCUUCUACUCAAAGCCUCAACAUCAAGUCAGAACCUGUUUCUCCUCCUAGAGAUCGCACCACCACACCCUCGAGAUACCCACAGCACACGCGCCACGAGGCGGGGAGAUCUCCUGUUGACAGCUUGAGCAGCUGUAGUAGUUCGUAUGAUGGAAGCGACCGAGAGGAUCACCGGAACGAAUUCCACUCGCCCAUUGGACUCACCAGACCUUCGCCGGACGAAAGGGAAAGUCCCUCUGUGAAGCGCAUGAGGCUCUCUGAAGGAUGGGCAACAUGAUAACAUGAUUAGCUAUUAGGGGUUUUUUUUUUCCUUGCAGUGUGUGUGUGUGCUAUACCUUAAGGGGGAAUAGGGAGGGAGGGGUCGAUAUGCAUUAUAUGUGCUGUGUUUGCGGGGGUGGGGGGAAGUCAGGUACUCUGUUUUGUAAAAGUACUUUUAAAUUGCCUCAGUGAUACCAUAUUAAGGAUAAAACAGCAAUGCUGAGAUAAGCUUCGCACUUGAGUUGUACAACAGAACACUUGUACAAAAUAGGUUUUAAGGUUAACUUCUUUUCACUGUUGUGCUCCCUUGCAAAAUAUAUGUUACAAUAGAUAGUGUCAUGUUGCAGGUUCAACGUUAUUUACAUGUAAAUAGACAAAAAGGAAAAAAAAGGAAACAUUUGCCCAGUGUGGCAGAUCUUUACUGAGAGAGAAAGCAGCUGUUAUGCAACAUAUAGAAAAUGUACAGAUGUUUUGGAAGACCCAGAAAUUGGGUGACCAAGAAAAAAAAAAGAUGGAAAAAAUCGAGGUCAUCUAAUAUAUCUGAAAUGCUCACAAAGGCAUAUCAUUGGAGUAUGGCACUCAGUUAAAUGGAUCAAACACUUUUAAAAGAGGACCAUACUUGUAAAAAAUUAAAAAAAAAAUUAGUUUGAGGGCUAACCUAUUUAAUUUUUAAAACUCUGGGCCUGCAUCACUUAUUAAAUAAAAAAUAUAAAAAUAUGUAAAUUACAUUUUCCUUAUUUUCAUAUUAAAAAGUAAGACAGAGUUCGCAAAGCAUUAUGGCUUUUGGAGUCUACUUAAGCCAAAAUGUGUGUUUUUUCCCCCCGUCAUAGCUUCGCCAAUAUUUUAAGCAGCCCUGAAAAAAACAAAAGGGGACUUUUUUUGUAUAGAAAGCACUACCCUAAGCCAUGAAGAACUCCAUGCUUUGCUAACCAAGAUAACUGUUUUCUCUUUGCAGAAGUUUUGUUUUUGAAAUGUGUAUUUCUAAUUAUAUAAAAUAUUAAGAAUCUUUUAAAAAAAUCUGUGAAAUUAACAUGCUUGUGUAUAGCUUUCUAAUAUAUAUAAUAAUUAUGGUAAUAGCAGAAGUUUUUGUUAUCUUAAUAGUGGGGGAAUUAUAUUUGUGCAGUUGCACAUUUAAGUAACUUUUUUCUUUUGGUUUUCCUUUUAAUCUGCAUACAUUUUACAGAAUAAGUCAGCUGUUGAAGGCUAAUCUGCAGAAGAUUAGAAUUUUCCCUUCCUAUAGCAGCCCAUAUCAUUCAAACACUUCUAUAAUCAAUUUUGUGAUCCACUGUAUAUACUGAUUAGUUCCAUCAUACUGGUCUGCUCAUUUGACCAAGAUAAAGGCCCCCUUCUCACCUUAUUUAUGUCUUGCGUAUCUUGUGGCUUUCUGCAGUUUAGAUCACAACAUGGCUCAGCUUUGUCCUCCUUCCGUAAAUUCAUCAAAACUGACAUCCUUUCCUGAUUUGCUCUGAUAUGCACCUUGGUAGGAUCCCAAAUUCCCCAAAAUGGAGGCGUAUACUUAAGCAGCUUCAAAGAGAAGUGACAGUGAAGAUAAAAGUCCAAGGAAGAGUUAUUCCCAAAGACUUGGUAUCCCAGAAUGAAAACUCUUUAAUCCUAGGAAAUAGUAACUCAGGAAAUGUAGAUGGGUUCUUAUUUAAAAGCAGAAUAUCAGUGCUGGCUUAGACAAAGUCAUGGAGGAUAGGUCAUAGUCAAAGCCACCAGUUCUAAAGCUCAGGGAGAUUGUAAACGUCAGGUGUGAAUGCUGCUUCACACAUGCGUGUCCACUAUUUGGUUACUCAUCACUCAACACUUGUUGACUCUUAGCACAAUGUGUGAACCAUCUCCAUAGAAAAGAAUUGUUUGAGUUGACAUUGGUACUGAUGUUAACAUCAACAAGUUAUGAUUAUAUAUCCCAUCCCUCACAGUAAAUAACAGAUGCCAGAUUUCAUGAUUCUGCUCAGAUGCUUGUUUUGUGAAGCAACCAGCCCCAUUGUGAAAGAUUGCCUUAAAUUCUAACCAAUUUUAUGGCUUCACCAUUAUUUUCAUGGGACUUAGUACUUUGCCACCAUGCAAGAAGGAACAUCAUUGUACAGUUUCUGCUCUGUGCUACUUUCAAAUCGGUAUAUUUUCCCACAAUGGGGAAAAUAGUAACUGAUGGGUCAUCUUGAGCAGAAAAACAUGGGGUUCAGCACAUCCUUCCUACUACUCCUUCUACCUAUAAUACCACUUUUCAACAACAACAAAAAGUUCUAAUCUAAUCUCUAAUCUAAUCUCUAGAUUAGUUCUAAUCUAAUCUAAUCAGAGGAUCUAAAAGGAUCUAAAAGAAAUACAUCAGCAACAGCCACUGGAGGGAUGUUGUGUUGCAGUUUGAACAGGGCCAGUUGCUCUCCCCGGCUUAAUAUUAAGAGAAUCAACACCUUGAAAGGUGCCUCUUUGCCCAAGUUAGCAGAGGUGCUACUGUGCUACUGCUCUGCUACUCCUCCACUCAGUAACAACCUCUCAAGGCUGCUUUUCUUUUUUUAUUUAAAAAAAAAAAGUCAGGAGGAAGUUAUACACAUUAGUGUAUAAUGUUUAUUUAGAUAGGUCCUUAUGCAGUCACGAAGGCUAUUCACAUGAGCAGCCUAGGGCAGCCCAGCUUGGGCUAGGCUGCUUGUGUGGAGUGUGUGGCUCAUUCCCACUCCUGGCCCUCUCACCCCCGCUAGCCCAACUUUCUGCCCUGGCUGUUAACCUUGCCAGGCGAUCGCCGCUGGGUCAGAAGGCUUCCCCCUGCCUGCCACCAUUUCCGGCAGCAAGCUGGGGAGAAGGAGCAGCCACACUUGUGGUGCAGGGCACCUUGGGAUGUGGGAGGGGGAAGCCCUCCCACUCUCAGCUCUUACCUUCUCCACGCUGCCACUCCACAUGUGGGUGUGCGGCUAGGCAAGAAUGGCCAAACUCCUGCCUUCCCCACAGCCCUUCAGAGCAGCAGCCAAGCGGUCAUGUGUAUGACCUCACAGAAUUUCUUCAACAAAAAUAAAGACAGUGCCAUUCAUUUUAAAGUGUACCUUUCCUCUGUAAUGUUAAAAAUUAGUGGUUAAUUUCUUUCUCUUUCUUUCUUUCUUUUUCUUUCUUCCUUUCUUUCUCAAAGAAAGUUACUGGGACUGAAGCCUGCCAGGCAGCUUUACUUCAUAAUGGCUUGGGCUAGUAGUGAGGGAGAGACACUCUGUGCAUGGUCAGCCUAACUCUUGCCGUUAGUUUUGCUUUGCUUUGUCCGAGGCGUAAGCUCUGGCACUCACAAUAGGUCUGGGUCUGAACUAGGGAUGUGCACAAAAUUUGCACUCAAAUCAAUUUGAACGGAUCUCCACUCUGUUCAAUGUUUCAGUUGAAUCAAUGUGAAUUCAAUUCAAAUUGAUUCAUGUGAAUCUUGUGCACAUCCCUAAUCUGAAGCCAGAGGAACUGGGUCUCAAGUUAAGCUCUGCAAGCUGAUAUAGCACAUGUUCUUGCUUGAGAAAGAGCAGAAACAAGAGUCUGAGUAAUUCCUCUCUAACAUUUCCAUUCCAUACCACAGCUGGUGAUGUGACUGUUCCUGAAGUAGCUCUGUCUCCCAUUUAAAUGCAUGGUGAAUGGAGAUAGAUAUAAUCCAUAAACAAUCAUAGUUGCAGCGCACGUCACAUUAGUCAGCAAUACCAGUCCUGAGUUCCAAGCAAAGUUUAUGCCAUUUGUACCACUCAGUCAUCUGACAUUCAAAAAGUUAACAUAUGCUGUUUGUAAUGUUCAGUAUAAGAAUUUGAACUGUAUAAAUGCUUUGUUUGGUCAGUGCCACUCCCUGCAAGUUGUUCUGAGGUUUCAUCCAUUCUAGCAGGCACCAAUUAUAAAUAUGAUCAAUACAGAUGAAGCUUACCAUAUUUCUUACAUCAUCAUCAUUGUUAUUCCAAGAUAUCUGCCUGAAAGUAUACAUUUGCAUUAGCAUACCUGCCUAUGAUCCCAGCCACUGUUUCAUAGUUUGUGAUGUUGUGCUGGUUCAGCAGUUGCUUUGUCCCAUCCUAAGUAUUUAUUGGCUGGUACAGGAAAUCUUAGGAGCAUGCUGAGGCUAGGACAUUAUCACACUUACUCUUGGUACAGAAAACUAUUCUGAUGAUGCAUCUAUCCAAUAGGUAACUGACAAAAGAUACGCAUGAAUUAAAAGAAAGUGAGAAUGGGGCUGAUAAUUCAUUUUUGAAACACAAAUCAGGUUUCCAAACUAUUUCCCUCACACUCUCCAUUUGGGAACUUUCAGUUUUGAUGUGUCUUAAAUAUGCAAAUAUUUCACAACUGUACCUUGUCAAAAGAAACAUCCUUUGGUUGAUUAGUAUUGUUGAAAGUACUUUGUCAGUGAAGCUGAUGGCAUCAGUCUUCUGGGUUUUAAGAAUAGCCAUAUGAAUAAUUUACCUUACAGUUGCCUCAACUACCCAAGAAACAAUACAACAAAACAAGAACACUUUAGCUUUUGAAGGGAGUAGAAGAGUAAUGGUAGUUUCCACAUCAUACCUAUUUUCAGGGAGGUACCAUGGAAGCAAGCUCGGACAAUUAGACUAGGCAAUCUCUCACAAUUCUGACCUUGGUUUUUAUGUAGCCACAGAACUGAAUCGUGUGAAAAUGGACACCAGUUUUCCCUCCUGUUUUCGUUGCUGGGCUGAGCUAAACUAUAGGGGCAAGAAAGUGAGGUUCAUUCAUAACUGUAAAUGAAGUUAAUUAAUAAAGAAGCACAACUUUUAAUGGUGAUGUCACUUUCUAAAAACCUGAGCUGUCUAUCUUUCGCUCUCCCUUUUAUCUGUUCCUUAACCUGUUGCAUUGCAAAGCUACUUUGAGCUAUUUGUGUGAUUCUAUUUAAGCAGUUUGGGGCAGCGCCCCAAAAGAGUAUUAACAUUGACUUCAACCCAGGCAGUACAAAGGUAUAGACAACGUGAGAUGCCUUCAAAGGUGUCUCCACCCUUUCUUGUCAUUGCUAAACUGGUCCUUCUUUGGACAGGCCUUGUUGAUGAAGAUAUUACGCCUAAUUGCUGGUGACAAUGAUAUGAUAUACACAAUCUGCACACCUUUGUAUAUUGUAUGCAUUGAUGCCUUUCCCAGUGAAGCUUUUUAAAAUAAUUUCUGUGUUUUUUCAAAGUUGUUUUUGUAACCAAAUGGUUUCUAUUUUCCCCAGAAAUGGAAUUUAAGAAUUUUUAAUGACUAAUAUAAAGAUAUCUGCUGUUUCUCAGAGCUUUUUUCAGGUAAAGCUAAAGCAAGAAUAAAACAACUGCUAUACUGUUUUCAAGAAUGUCAAGAACCCUUUUUUAUUGUUUGCAUUUGUCUUAACCCAUAUACCUAUCUUCUUAGUACCUAUAACAAUGUGGUUUUCUUUUCUCUCUCUCCUCCUUCCCCCAGAAGGCAAAUGCUUUGUCUCUCCCCACCCCGUCACCCUGCCUCAAAAAGCCACUUGAAACCUCAAUAAAGGCUGUUGCCUAAACACACAGCAUAAUUCAUCUGCUCCCAUUUUAUGCCACCUGCAGUGAUGUCCUCACCACUGUGGCCUCCAUUUCCUGCCCUCACAGGUCCAUCGAAGGACUGAUGGAACACUGGUGUUGCCUGAGAAUGCUUCAGUGUCAACAUAACAGGCUUUUGUGAAUAUAUUUUAACCAAAGAUGUGGAGCAAUCCAAAGCAUUGGGUGACAUACCUUCUGUGUCAAAUUAUCUGCUUAAUUAUAAGCAUAACCAGGUAGUUGGCUUUCCCAUCCCUGUUCAUACCUCAGACUGACCCAUACCUCAGUUUGAUUCAAAGAGGUCAGCUCAAUGACAAAUGAAGAUUGCAGCAUCACUGCCCUCUGUGGAGUCACUAACAUAGGGCCUACAUUACACCAUUAGGCAUUUGACUUGGAUUGCUUCAGAUGAUUUGCUUCUAUUCUUUUUUUUUUCUUCUGGGGAUUUGUUUCCAUUAAAUCAGCGAUAAUUAAGACUCCUCCUGUACAUGGGAGCAUACAAGUGUUUUGCAAGAAAUAACACACUUAGAGGCUCACAGCGGCAUAAGCUGGACUUUGUCGCCACUAGAUGACAAGACAUUAUAAUGAACUUAAAAUCACAUCUGUAUAUCUCAAGGGACGUAAUUCAGCUGUCUGUAGUGAACAAAAAAUAAAAUGGGAAAAUUUCAAAUGUUUCUCCUGCUGGAAAUAAGGUAUAAUUUGUAUUUUGCAGCCGAAUCAGUAAAGUUACUGGCUUUCUUAGUGA